CCCAGGACCACACCCCUCACUUUUCCUAUUCCGAGUCCUCUCUCCUCAAUUCAAAAGGAUCUUCGUCGGUCUAUCUUCGUAUCACUCAAAAAAACAUUUUGAAUACAACCACACUCGCAGACGCUGCGACACUAACCAAUAAAAAAAAUGGCCGACGAGAUUGAUUAUGAAGGGCUCCCUGCCAACGCCGGGCUUGCUGUGAACAUGAUGGCUGGUGCCCUGGCCGGGAUUUCAGAACACGCUUUCAUGUUCCCCAUAGACAGCAUUAAGACUCGAAUGCAAGUCUUUGCAACGUCACCUGUAGCUGUCUACACUGGCGUUGGAAACGCGUUUACACGGAUAUCUGCCACGGAGGGCAUGAGGGCUCUUUGGAGGGGUGUCUCGUCAGUCGUGCUGGGUGCAGGUCCUGCCCAUGCCAUUCAUUUCGGAACACUAGAGGCUGUGAAGGAGUUGGCUGGAGGAAACGAAGCAGGCAAUCAGUUCUUUGCUACAUCUCUCGCCGGUGCAUCUGCAACUAUCGCUGCCGACGCAUUCAUGAACCCCUUCGACGUUAUCAAACAACGAAUGCAACUCCACCAGUCCGCGUUCCGCUCUGUCUUUACCUGUGCACGCACGAUCUACCAAACCGAGGGCAUUGGCGCAUUCUACGUGUCAUACCCAACGACGCUAGCCAUUUCAAUACCGUUCAACGCCAUUCAGUUUACGGUUUACGAACACGUCAAGCGUUUCCUCAACCCCCGCGGCGAAUAUUCGCCUUCAUCACAUAUCGUAUCAGGUGCCGUAGCCGGUGCUGUCGCUGCCGGCGUCACCACACCUCUCGACGUUGCCAAAACAAUCCUCCAGACGCGUGGUUCCUCCACCGACCCUGAAAUUCGCAACGUCCGGGGCAUGAGCGACGCGUUUAAAAUCAUCUGGAAAAAGGACGGGCUCAAGGGGUUCGGCCGAGGACUUACCCCACGGAUACUGACGGUGAUGCCGAGUACUGCACUUUGUUGGUUGUCAUAUGAAUUCUUCAAGGCGGCCAUUCGCUCGGAUUCCUAG